GUAGCUCACGAAGUGAUACAAUCCUACUGGUCAUCAAGCAAUGGUCAAUUGCCAAAAGCAGUCCCUUACUGUGGUUUCACUGGAUCCGAAUGCGACUACACAACAUAUUUCGUCCUUCUCGGUGUUAUGGUCUUCUUGGCUACCAUUUCGCCACUUUCCUAUUUCAUUUACAUAAAACAAAAAGAACGGUUGCUUUAUGACAUGACAUGGCGUAUCCCCAGGGAUAGCAUACAGCUAGUGGAGGGCAAUAAAUCGAGAUCUGAACGCUCUCUGGCAAGCGUAUCACAAAGUUCCGGUUCAUUUUCUGGUAGUCUGGGCUCGAAACAGCUGCUUUCGGCCAAUCAAGCCUUGUCGAAUGGUGUCCGCAUAGCGAUUAAACGCUUCCAGCAAAUGCGAAAUAUCACUUUCCCAAAGUCGGAACUCAAAUUGCUCAAAGGA